UGUUUAUCGGAUGGCACGGCUGGGAUCGGGUUAUGGGUGUUUAUAAAUAAAUUGACGCUGAACUUGGAGACGGAUCGUGAUGAGCCGAGUCGCUGUGGCGUUGGGGUGGGUCAGGAUGCAUGAUCGAUCGUCCGACACGACGGUGGUUUCAUGGUGGAAGGAUUUGUUAUAUGAUACGAGGGCUGAAUAUGAAUGUGAGCAUCGGUGAUGUUCAGAGUGAACGAGAGAUAGAGGGAGUGCGAAAUAGAGAUAUGUUACGGUGUAUCGGUGUUGGGGUACCUAGUAUAGGCAUUAAAAUAUAGUAAUGGAAAUGGUAGAUUGUCAGUGUAGCUAGUCGGUCGCUAUCGAACCUUUGUAUUCCAUCGGUAUCAGCAAUAGCGACAGUAACAGUGCGAUAAUUAUUUUGUUGCCUUGCGAAAGAGGUAAUCGAUCAAAGAAACGAUUAAAUCGUAGGAAGAUCGAAUAGCGGAGAAUACCGAACUUGAAGAUUCCACGAGAUUUACGAAGUAUUGAUAAAUCGAUAAGACGAACCGUUGAUACGUAAUCCUUUGUGAUAAAUAUUUAUGCAUAUUAAGGAAGUAUGUAUCGAGUCCACAAGUUGCAUUUCAAGAUGAAAAGUCGUGAUGCAAACCGUCGAAAAAGAACAAGGAUAUAUUUAAAGGAGGAUAAUCCGAGGACGCCCUGUGCGUCAGUUACAAAUUACAUGCGAGCGUUUCCUUGAACUAGGCGCGAAGUCCGAUUUCUGCCGCCAGUGUGUAACAAAUAUAAAUCAGCGGAACUAACGCGAAAGAUUGUUUAACUUAAGUAAUACUUCUUCUAAGAAAAAUCAUAAUCGUCGAAGAAAUACCGAGAACCAUAGUGACAAUGCUAAUAACUACAGAUUUUCGUGCAUAAUUCAUGAUUUCUAGAAUGUAAUGGAAACAGAAAAAAAACAUAAUGACAGUUUGUAUAUUUUGAUACAUUUAUAUUACAUAUCUUCUGUAUAUUCUUAUUUUCUCGAAUUCCCAUAAAUGCAUAAACAGCUGUAGUUUACCAACUAUUUUUUGUUUUUUCGUUUAAUAUACGUUUUAAUGUAAAACUAAGGGAAUUAGAUAUUAGAAAUGAGAAUUUGAGGUUGAUGUGACAUUGUAUUAAGCCGAGAAGGACGGAAGGUUGACCAUCUAUCGCUAUUGUUACAAUGUUGAGUCCGGCCAUAGAGAAGCAGCUUCAAAGAAGCACGUAGCACGUUGCAACAUUUGUAUGCAAUGACCGUGUCGUCGUGAAAAGGAACGAGCGUCGUGUUUUCCUCCACAGUUUGGUAGUUCUGCACUUUGAGUACGGCUAAUGGAAACGUGUACAUUGAAGGAAUAUACACCUGCCUUGCGAAGACUCAAUAAUUGAAUUUACUAAUACAAACUAGUUUCGAACACGAAGCUGAUUGGUUUUUUGUUACAUGUUUACUCGUUUAUGGAUCGACAAAAUUAUAGGUAGACAUUCUUCUACAAAUUUAGUUGUUUCGACCACUCGCGAGAAAGCGCGUCAACGGGAGUCGUAAAUUCCCGUUACGAUUAGAUAAUCGACCCCACGAAAUGAUCGAUCCCCUGAUUUCUGUUACGAUAAUAAGGGUGGUUCGAUCGAGGUUACACUGAGUUAACAGGUAUAAAUUAAUGUUUAUUUCAACAACUUUGUAAAGAAGGUAAUUGCAUUGACGCGUAUGUACAAGUUAAGUAGGUGAUUGAUUUAAGGAUAGAAGCCCGAUAAUGACACGUUGACUAUUCUAACGAUAAAGAAUAAGUAAAUCAAAGCGACGAUGCUGUGUCGGAGGAAAGCUAGCGAUGGGUGUGUCUAACGCAAGGGACCAUCGGAUUUGUUGAUGACAAUUUUGGUUAGGAAAGCGAAGGCAAUAGACGUUGCUUCUGAUUGGAUAAAAGAAGGUUGGUGGACUAGGAAGGGUCUCAGUCGCCCUCGAUAGAAAGUUGCUAGUGGGAAGUGUCAUACGUGAGAAAAACUAACUUUCCCGUGUCUUCCCGUAGUAAACAAUAAGCUUUAGAAACGAUUCGGUAAAGAGAUGUUUGUUCGAUCUGAAGGACCUUAGCUAGCAAAGUCCUGAGAUUUAUAAUGGGUCCUUAGGACUAUCGAGGGGACGCAGUAAGGAUGAGGGGACAUUUGGUUCCCACCUUGCCCGUGGAGUGUGGCCUGGUUUAGGUAGAGUGUCGCCCGACGUAACAUAGUAUUUUACGUUAAAUAGAAUUAUCAGGUGUUUAAUUUUGCAAAACUUACAGUAAAUUAGAGCUCUACCUGCGCGAAAUUCGCCAUCACGCGCUCGCCAUGAGUUGUAUCGUAAAAUUCUAACCGAGCCCCGAGUGGUUCGCGGUUGACGGCUUAGCAGGAAUUUUAUCUGAAGUCGGUAGAGGUCUCCUCCUUUCAGUGAGAGACUUGGAACGCGACUUCUUAGUUUUAUCUUCGUGAAUAACGAUUGGGCGCUUCUUCCAAAAUUGUUCAUCCUCUUUAUGACGUCUUGCUCCACGAAGAACGCCAAUUACGGAAAUGUAGAAGAUGAUAAGACAGUAAGAGUCAUAAGAAGGACACGAACAUUUUUACAGUUAUGUUUCCUCAAAUAAAUCCCCGGUAAAUCUUCGGUUUACUCUAUCUAAAUCCUAGGUUUCUUUAAACAAACGUUGUAUUUGCCUCUUAGAAUAAAAGCUUACGUAGAAAUGUUUAAACGAUAAGUUAUUUUCUUUCCAAUAACCAGUCAAACGAUUUCUCCUAUGCAUUCCUUCCCCUCUUCUUUUUUCAUGAAAGUUCGACAAUCACGUGCGUAGUUAUCAUUCUUUUACGUGCUUGAUUUCAUAGAAUGUUCCAUUUGUACAUGCGUUCAGUAAAGAGCAAAAGUCUUAGUCCACAGAUAUCGAACAGAAAUAUCUUGCUUUCCUUAAUAAGUCUUUUACGAAUAAAUUUCACUAGACAUUUUGUUCAAAUUUAUCGUGAUCGAUGAAUCCAAAUGUUUUUUUGUGAAAUUUUUACAUAUAGGAAUUGUAUUGUAAUAAAUAUAAUACGACAUUAAAAUAGUAAUAAAAAGCGAUAGACAAUGUACAAUAAUAAUAAAAGACGAAGUAAAUGAAAACAAACAAAUGGAAUUUGUUAAUAAGAGUCAUAAAAACUAACAGGACACGCUCUGUUGAAGAUUAAUCGAAAGCUGUUUAAAACUCGAGAAGAUUCGAUAAGAGAAACAGUAUCUCCAUAAUUCUGAUAACGUUGAUAAUCGUUGUCGAACAGAGAAACGAUUCGUCGAUCGUCCGUUGUUCGCCAAGAGGGGGAAACUCUUACUUCCUACACGUUCACGUACGACUCCCCUGUCAUUAACCUGUUGUAUUAUUAGUGUGGCCAGUGCCAAGCCGAUGUGCUUCGGGCGUGUUUCCGGCUGCCAAUGAAUUUCACGAUUUCCCUUUCUAAGCUGCGAGUCGAAUGAUUCCUAAUCCAGGAAUAACGGCUAUCUGUAGUGAAAUUCAUAGCAGCAUCGAUCAAUUCUGUUAUUCGCUGAUCGUGCGAGAGAUCGCGUGAGCGCACGAUCGUUUAGCUGUAAUUAAAGCGGCGCGGUGCUUUACGAUGGAUGUCUCGCGAAUAAACGUGCUCGUACGUUCCACAGAUUUUAGUCUUUUACUUUUUAGGAACUGGAAAUGUCAGGAGAAAUUUUCUGGAAUUGGAAUUUCACUUUCGAAUACUUUUGGAAUAUUUUAUAGCAUCGGGUUUGUAAAAUUCCUUAUGUAACUUUCCAUACGAAUUUCCUAUGAUUAGGAAUUAUUAAAAUAGAAAUUUUUAAUUUUUCAAUCUCCAAGUUUACAAUUUUUUCAAGUUCCGUAAGAAUUUACCAUAAUAACAUUUUAACUUAUUUUUACGCGUUUCUGCAAUAUAAUUGCAUUGCCAUUUUAAAGCAUCUUUUACAAACAUUUUCAGAAAUCCCACGCUGUUCUUAUCCCAAAUUACAAUUGAUACGGUCGUACAACCGCGAUUUGCAACUUUCUCCAUCGUUGGAUGAUAUAAACGUAUAUGAGAUAUUAUGUUAUUACCGAAGAAUUUGAUAUUAAAGAUUUUUGCCCUACUGAUUCUAUGACCCAGAGACGUUACGUUGGCAAGUGAAAUUAAUAUGCUUGACGAGAGUAGUAUGCUAAUAGAAAUCGCGAAUAGUAUGCGUUAGCUGUUCAAAAUGAAAGUUGUUUUACAAGUUUGCUUGCGUUUCUUUCAAGUAAUUAAAAGAAUUCUUCAACACGUGCUUCGCGUUGUUAUGUAUUCAUCGAUAAAUCUUUCUUGCGCAUCUAUCAAAUGUUAUUACUUAUCGGCCCAGAAAGCCUGUAAUUUUAUUCCAUUAAUACCUAAUCCUACCAUUUUUCUUACGGUUAGUCUUCUUCGGUUUCGAAUUUCUUGGAAACCUUCUUCCAGGGAGAUUUCGUUAGAUGAACGAUUCUGGAAUCUUUGCUUCAGCGAGCAGCUUAUCCAGCCAUUAAGCGUCGAGCAACCCUUGAAACUAAAUCAACAGCUCGACCACGAGAUUACUUGGUUCUGGGAAAUCGUUAAACAAAAAGCGAAUGGAAAUGGAUGGUCGAUAGAUGGGCAGGAUGGUCGUGUUGGACAUGUUUAUUGAAACUUCGAUUAGCUUAAUGGGAAAGCUUCGUUCGUUUCAGUAUAAUAAGCUGCAAUAAUAACGUCAGUAGAAGAUUAAAAUCAUUACAGUUUAUCAAGUUUUUGCUAUUUCUUCAGUUUUAUCGAUAGCGUUGCAUGAUUAAAGCAUUUACGCAUUUUUCUUAAUGAUAUACAAAUUAUAGACAUGAUUGAAAAUUAUACGAUCUUAUAAUGACUUCUUAGAAGUGAAAUUAAUAUUCAAUUCUGUUAUGAUUUUGCUGUCUUUACGCGAGAAGAAUAGACUGCAGAUAUUUAUACGAGUUUAUAUUUAAUGGAUAAGAAAUAUGUUUUGAAAACUCGAACGAUAUUUUAUCUCAGCUAAAGAAACGGUUCCUACGUAAAAAUUUAUUUUGCUCUCUAGAUAUUAUAAGAUGUAUCUUAUUUCGGGGAUUUUAAACAUCUUUGUUUACUUUCUAUAUAUUCUGUAGAUUUUUCUACAUUUAAAUAUCUCAUAGAUGGAUAAACGUUCGUAGUUCAAUUAUUACAAGCGGAGGAACAAAGAAACUGAGAUCGUUGGAAAUUUUUCGUGACAAUGUAGGUGGAAUUACUAGAUUGGAAUAUAGCAGUGAUCUCAUUAUUGCAGAAGAUUGUUCAAUCUCUGUUACCGCAGUAUCGCGUAUCUCCUUUUACUCAGAAACGGGAUUCUUACGACCCAAUUAAAGUAUAACUCUACAGAAACAUCUUACGCGAAUACUAAUUAAAUUGAUAAAAACACGUGGAAUAUUGAAAAUAUUUGAUUAUAUCUUUUUUUGCUGCCGUUCAUUAUUAUAGUAUCAUGUGCAGCUUCUUUUUCUGGGGAACAGGUUUAUAAGCGGACGUGUUUUGCAGCCCAUCUUGGAUACUUUAUCGAAGAUACGUGUAAUAUCGAAACACGCAGAACCGUUAUAAAUAUCCUAUUAUAUAACAUAUUUAUAGUUUUCCUAGCUUCGAUCGUAUCUUUGAUAGCGCGUUGCACUUUACGACUAUAUUUCGUGAAUAUUACAGUUCGUUUAUUUAGUUCCUGGAAUAGUUUCAGACGAAGAAGCGAACUAAGCUGGUACAACGUUCGCGAAACGUUGGCAUCAAGUGUAACGUAUUAGGUUGUCCGAAAAAUUUCUUUCGUUUCAUAAGGUGAUAGUAGAUGAACAACAAUUUCUGCUUUAUAUUAUUUCAUUGUAUUAGGUAGGAUCCAUUAUAUCUGUAUUAUUAUGUUUGUGCGUAAUUCGAUAAUCUAAUAUAAAACAAAAAACAUUGUGCGUCUAUUACUUCCUUACAAAAAAGGAUAGAAACUUUUCGGACAACCUAAUACUAUCAAAAGGAAAAAUUUGUAAACGAAUAUAAAGCAUAUUUUUCUUUUGCUAGCAAAACCAUGUUCCUAGGAAUUUGCCUUUCUUAAUUUUGCUUUUGGUAAUACGAAUUUAUAAAAAGCGUGCUAUCUACGGUCCACGAGACAAGAAACGUAUUGAACUGUAAUGGAAAAAGCAUCAAACAAGUAGCAAGAUAGUGGCACCGAAUGACACAGCACUAGAUCCUGCAGGAAGCAUUGUCAGCCCGAGGAACGUUCGUGCAUUGCUGGAUCGGUGAUUGUGCCACAAUCGACGUACAACUUUCUCGCUCGCAGAUUUACAAACACGGAAGAAGCUUGAAACCGGCCUAGUAGGUUCUACAGUAGUCGCAGUGUACGCAGGUUCGCGCUAGCGCACGGAUCAAGUCACGUCCUUGACAAAGCAGCCCUGCUGAAUCAGUGAAGUUACAGUUUGCCAGAGAUACGAAGGACGUGCCGAAUGGCAGGAUCGGUAUAACCUUGAAGAACGAGCCGAAACCAGGAGCCGAGAGGGAGCUUCUUCUCGAAGAGGAUUCGCCGAAAAACGGCGACAUCGAUGUUGGAAAGUGUUGCAACGAUUCAAACGGUAUGCCGGAAUUCAAGGACGAUCAGAUCCAGUCGAACGACGAGGAGGUUUGUUUGGAUCUUGGAGAACCCUCGCCGGAAGUGAUGGAGUACGCCAGGAGAGAACUUGGAGAGACGGACGACGUUAAGUGUAGGACCCUUCAGGAAUUAAGGGAUAUGAUUUAUGAGAGAGGAGAAUGUCUGCCGCACAGGAUGGACGAUGACUUCUUGAUUAGGUUUCUAAGGACGAGGAAUUUCAACGUUAACAGGGCGCAUAGACUGAUCGUAAACUACUGCACCUUCAAAGAGGAACAUCCGGAGAUCCAUCAAGAUGUGUGUCCACUGGAGAUGAAGCACAUCGGCGAAGACGACGUGAUGUCAGUGCCAGCUUACAGGACGCAGGAUGGCAGGAGAAUAAUGAUCUAUCGACUGGGAAAUUGGGAUCCAAGGAAAUAUGGCGUGGAGGAGAUCUUUAAAGCCACGGUCAUCAUUCUUGAACUCGGAGUUUUGGAGCCGAGAGCGCAAAUCCUUGGCGGCGAUGUAAUUUUUGAUCUGGAGGGCAUCACUAUGGCGCAUGCGUGGACUAUCACUCCCCAGGUGGCCAGUAUGGUGGUAGCUUUGAUAGUGUCAGCGUUCCCAAUGACGACCCACGCUAUACACAUCCUCCAUCAAUCCUGGGUAUUCGACGUGAUGUUCUCGGUAUUUAAGCCACUUCUGGACGUGAAGAUGCAGAACAAGAUCUUCUUUCACGGUAGCAACAUGGAAAGCCUUCACGAGCACAUCUCACCGUUCCAUUUGCCGAAGAAGUAUGGCGGAACCAGGGAGGAAUUGCCUUACUACAAGUGGAUAGACAACCUCAGCAAAGUCCCUCAAAUCGUCAAAGAGAUGAAGCAAGUCGGCUACAUAGUCCCUGAGGAGAUACAGAAGCAGUUAGACCAAUUGGUCGAGGAUUGAAUUAGGAUGUGCCUCAGGGAUUCCUGCGUUGCCAGUUCAAUAUUAUCUUCCAUUCUUGAUUAACAGUAACUAUGUACGUUUCAUGGUCAUUUAUAGACACGUCGAUCCAGUUAGGAUUUGGCUUGACUCUUUUUUUUAUUUCAUUUACUUUUUUUUUAUAUCAUCGUUGCUUUAACGCGUUUCUUCCCUGUCAGAGGAUACAUUUUAUUUAGAGUAACUAUCACAUUAGACGUAACUGAAAUAUUGUAUAUUUUAUAAUCGAUAUUCCAUUAUUACGUUCGUUCCACGACUUCCUAUAUUUUUUACUAUUUAGUGGUCACCAAGUACUUUCCACUAUAGUAUUGAUUAAACGUUUUAGAAAAAUCA